ACGAUGAUUCGGGAAAAAAUUGUGUUUUCGACGUCCCUGACAACCCUGAACUCCUGCGCCAUUUUAGCUGAAAAUUUUUUUUCGCAAGAUUGGUUUAAAGUUGUUUGCGCGGAUUAAGAAUGUAAAUAAUUGAAUAUUGUGCAUACGGACGAGGCAAACCGAUAGCAAUUAAUCUGUUAAUUGCAGUGGACGAGUGCCUAAAUUGGUAGAUUUGGAGAAGCGCGCCGGUUGUCGGCAACUGUACGAGGCGCGUGUGAGAGUGCGACAGAGACGGAGCGAUUGCCAGAGUAUCUGUGUGUGUGCGAAAGUGGAGAAGCGGCUAAAAUAUAAUAUUUGCUUGAAAGAGUCAUAAGUUUUCGCGGCUCAUCAUGGCCGACGUGGUCUUGGACUUGUACGCCGAGGACCUGGACAAGGACUUUGCCGGCCAGGCUCAGGACGAAUUUGGCGGCGAUGGUGUGGACUUGUACGAUGACAUAGGCGGGCCCACGGAGGCGGCCGCAUCAGGAGGUGGGGGUGGCGGUACGCCUUCAGCGGACGGAGCUGCCGGUCCCGGCUCGGGGGAAUCGGCUUCAAGCGGAACAGGCGGUCCUAAUGGAGUUUACCACCAGAGCGGCGGUAGCCUCACUCCGACCAUGAACCGCCGCUACCAGUUGUACGUGGGAAACCUCACCUGGUGGACCACAGAUCAGGAUAUAGCGAAUGCCCUGCGUGACAUCGGUGUUAAUGACCUACAGGAGGUGAAGUUCUUCGAGAACCGGGCCAAUGGUCAAUCGAAGGGAUUUAGUGUCAUCUCGCUGGGAUCGGAAUCAAGUCUUCGAUCUGUGCUGGACCAACUGCCCAAGGUGGAAAUGCACGGCCAGGCGCCAGUGGUCACGUAUCCGAGCAAGCAGGCGUUAACCCAGUUCGAGAGUCUGCAGAAGACGCGUCCAGUGCCGCCGCCCCAGCAGAAUGGACCUCCAAGAGGUCCUGCUCCGCCUAACAUGAGCGGGGGUCCAAUGUCGUCGCAUCCGGGAGGACCUCAAGGCGGUGGUCCGCCGGGACAUCCGCCACGAAGCAUGCAACCCAUCAUGCAGCCGGGCCAGUACCGGCCCCAGCACAUGUCGCAAGUGCCCCAGGUGGGUGGUCCCAAUUCGGGGCCGCCGCGCAUGCAGCCGCCGAUGCAUCCGCAAGGCGGGCUAAUGGGCAACCAACAGCCGCCACCUCGGUAUCCGUCAGGACAAGGCCAAUGGCCGGGUCAGCGGCCAGGUGGACCGCGACCUGGUCCGCCCAAUGGACCGCCGCAGCGCCCAAUGUUCCAAGGAGCACCCAUGGGUAUGCCUGUUAGGGGUCCACCGGGACCCGACUGGCGCCGUCCCCCCAUGCACGGCGGUUUCCCGCCGCAGGGUCCACCACGAGGUCUUCCACCAGCACCUGGUCCCGGAGGACCGCACGGUGCCCCUGCCCCACAUGUGAAUCCGGCCUUCUUUAACCAACCUGGCGGACCCGCUCAGCAUCCGGGUAUGGGCGGACCGCCUCAUGGCGCACCCGGCCCGCAACCCGGUAUGGCCAUGCCCCCCCAACAAGGCAUGAACAUGCCACCCCAGCACGGGCCACCACCGCAGUUUGCCCAGCAUGGACCGCGUGGUCCAUGGCCACCACCGCAGGGUAAGCCUCCGGGCCCCUUUCCCGAUCCGCAACAAAUGGGUCCUCAACUAACCGAGGUUGAGUUUGAGGAGGUGAUGAGUAGAAAUCGCACAGUUAGCAGUUCGGCGAUUGCCAGAGCUGUUUCCGACGCUGCUGCCGGUGAAUAUUCGAGCGCCAUCGAGACACUGGUCACAGCCAUUUCGUUAAUUAAACAGUCCAAGGUGGCACAUGAUGAGCGUUGCAAGAUACUAAUCAGCUCGCUCCAGGACACUCUGCAUGGUAUCGAAGCCAAGAGUUACAAUAGGCGCGAAAGGUCGCGGUCUAGGGAGCGGUCUCAUCGCAGCCGUCAGCGACGAGAACGCUCUACCUCCCGAUACCGAGAACGAUCUCGCGACCGGGAGCGCGAACGCGAACGUGAGCGUGAGCGGGACGGCGGAUAUCGUGAGCGUUCACGCAGUAGAGAACGAGAGCGCCAGGCUCAAGAUCACUACAGGGAUGACAGUCGCUCUGCACGUCCUCGAAAAUCACCGGAGCCCGUAGUAGCAGAGGGCGCUGAGCCACCGUCAUCAAAGCGCUAUUAUGAGGACCGGGAGCGCUACCGAUCGUCGGACCGGGAACGGCGUGAUCGUGAUCGGGACCGUGAACGCGAGCGUGAACGGGACCGUGAUAGGCGUGAGGAGCACCGCUCUCGGCAUUGACUGCCAUUAGGAGGAGGAGAAGGUGUAGAAGCGCCACUGGACCGGUAAUCGAAACAGAAACGGAAAUGAAAGUAAAGAUGCAACACAGAUAUACUAAACACACUUUAUAAACAAAUAAGCCACAGCUUGAUGGGGUCGCGAAUUAUCCCCAGAUUAACAAAUUUUCGAUUUGUAUCUAACAUUACCAAUACGUAGGAUAUGAAUAUGGCUACAGCAUAGUUCUCCUAGACAUACUAAAAUAAGCCGAAAUGCUGACAAGUCUACAGUCGACGGAUACACGGUUGCUGCUCCAACUCCAAUACCAACUCCUUGACUUAUCAUCCCAGCAGCUUAACCAUAAGAAGACCAAAACCAUCCAGAGAAAUCGAUUAAGGUCGACUAGUGUAGAGGAGGAGGCGAUGAAAGUCGACGUGGGACAUUUUGGACACAGAUGGGCACUGGAUCAUCGAACAAUAGAUAACUACUAAUCCUGCACCGCCGUCUUCGCAGCAGAAUUUCAAUAUUAUUGUACUUUAAUAUUUCGGUUUAUUUAAUAAAAAAUAACGUAUGAAAAAGAAUUGUUCGAAAAAAAAAACAAAAGAAAAAACCAAUUCUACCAAAACUGUCUUGUAUUGUGUGUCUUAUUGUACGCUUACUAUAUAAAAACAAACAAAAUCUUAUUAGUUAAUGAAUUUAUAAUUGUACAAAAAAUUGUAUGUAAAAAUUUAAAAAUCGAAUUCACUGCAGUGUGCAGUAAAUAUUGAAAUUGUUAUAUUAACAAAAUCACUACGCCGACUGAGGCCGAAAAACCGAUAGCCCUAAUGUAUUUUUCGAAGAUAGAGAUUCUUUUGUUGUAAACAUUCUUCAUGCAUUUGUUUAAACUUGUUUUUAUUUACCAUUUAUAAUUAAGCCAAUCAUAUUGUGUGUCUGUGUCUGCGUGUGAGUGAAUUGUAGAAUUAAAUGCCGACUGAUCCCAUCCAAAUGGAGGGAAAAUAAUUAUAUAGAAUAAGUGGAAUGUGUGAGUUUUUGCCCGAACAUUACCAAUUUUAGACCUAAUUAAAAAAGAAACAAGUCUUAAUCGCAUUUUAGCGUAGAAUACUCAACUAAUGCUCACAUUUUUAUGUAGUUUCUAAUCUAGGCUUGAAAAAAAAAUAGCAAUCCAGUUUGUCUCGAGAUGCUGUACUUCUCGGGGAAUCAUUUUACAUGAAGCUUUCUGCUAAUUAUUCUAUUGUAUCAUCUACAUUUUAAUUUUUAAAAUUCUAGCUUUACUUUUUAUUUGUACAUACUUGUAAACAAAAUUCGACUAAGAUCUUGUCGCACUAACCCAGUAUUUCAAUUACACCUUUGUAAAAGCAAUCUCCGAUUUGAAAGUACCUGUAACUCUCUCGAAAAUGAGAUUCUAGGGGUUUAACGAGUAAUGUGAGCUAAUUUCUAGAAACUGUGAUCUUGACGAAAGCAACCACAAUUGUAUUUAUACAAAUGAAACAGUCUGUUAAGCCAAACUAAAACAGGUAAUGUUAUCGUAACCAAUGAGACUUAAUAAUAGUUGAUACUUUUUUGAGGCAACUGGAUCUCAACAGCAGCUCAUAAAGCCUCUAAUAUCUUACGUUUAACAAAUAAAUUCUUUGCACCAUGUCCUUAGAAAGUAAAUCCAUUUAGUUUUAUGGAUUAGCCACAAAAGGCAAUGCAAAUAAAAAUUAAUACUUUUGUUAGCUGGUUUUGAACUUCGUUCCUUUUCAAACUAAUGAAAGCGCGCGCAAGUCAUACCCGUUCGACGAAUAUCUGGAAGAUUCCAUUCGAUUUCGAAGUUAUGCAACACUGGUUAAAUUUCUUAUCAGGAAAUAUCGCUUAUCAGCAGUGCUGACGGAUAAAAAUAUUUGUUUAUAAUAAAAUAAAAUAUAAUUUAUCAAAAAGAGAUCCAGAUCCAAAAAAAUGAAUAGAGUUUAAUUAAAUUGGGAUAAAAUUAUCAUUAUUUAUUUGCUGACACUGAAUACAUAUAUAUUUUUUUUAAAUUGGUUGUGCCGAAAAAGUGCUAGGGCGACUGCACUGGUCCAAAAAAUAAAACCGUCGCUACCCAACACCGAGAACUGACUUUUUUUGUAAGAAAAAUCGUGAAAUACACAAAAGAAAACAGCAAAGUCGAGAAUAGAGCACAAAGCUCAAGUAGGCGCUACAAAGUAAACAGUCAGUUACUAAACAUCCCAAAAGCAGUCGCAUUCACUCCUCCGUUUGAAUAACAAAAUUAAAUAGCACCAGGGAGAAAAAUAUUAAAAGCAAGUGUGAAAAAAAGAAUAACCAAAAAUGGCAGAGACGGCCCAAAACAUUCAGGAUC